AUGUGCAAAACAUCAAAAUUCCCACCAAAAGCUCUCUCAUUCAGUAAUACCGCCUAUGUCGAAUAUUCAUCUUGGUUAUCUGUCCUCAUCUCGACUGGGCAGCUUUGGCGUAGUUAUUUGACGAUGGCAAAAAUUUCACCGAAAAAGCAGAAGAAUGAGAAAGCCACCAAAGAAGCAGAAGCAGAAGCAGAAGCAGAAGCAGAAGCAGAAGCAGAAGAAGAAGAAGAAGAAAAGCAGCUGGAGCCGCGAGAAGAAAAGAAGGAAAAUCGUUUUGUUUGA